AUGCUGCUCAUUACUGCACUACCACUUUCGCUAAGACAGAUCGCUGCGACAAACAUACCCGCUGUCUCGAGCAUACUAUGGGAGGAAUUCCUAGACGACAAGAGACCGCAAUGGUUCGAAGAGCUGCCAUACGACAUACAAUCCUACUUCAUACAAGAGUUCGGACCAGCGACGGCAGCACCACCUGCAAGCGAAGCAUUGCCAACCGACGUCACCGCAUCACCAACGGCAUUACCCUCAGAGACUGCUUCAAAUGUGGACUCAUCGAUAUCUAAGUCAUUAUCGACUAGCGCAGUGCCAUCCUCUGCGAUAUCAGGAUCCGAAAGUUUGAGCACGAUUUCUACGCCUACGGCAUCUUCGAGCAGUGCCUUGAGCGAAACCUCCAGUUUGGUAUCCUCCUCUGGGACUUCUUCCGAACUUUCGACCACACUCGCGACUUCCUCAUCAUCAUUAUCAUCAUCUUCGGAAACUACCGUAUCAACAUCCGCAUCUUCCUCCGCAAGUUCAUCUGCGACUUUGAAUCCAACCGCAGAUCCUGUUGCACCCGCUUCCAGCGAUGCUGGCCUGACAAGGCGCGAAAAGAUCGGGCUUGGUGUGGGUGUGCCAUUAGCAGUACUCGCACUUGCCGCAUUACUACUCGCAUGCUGCUUGAUUGUGCGCCGAAAGCGAAGAAGAUCCAUCGAAGGCAGCCAACCUCCGUCAUCCCCGGGCUUCAUCCCGCGUUUCUCGUUUCAGGAUCGCGGACUAGGUGGUGAGAACUUCGAACAUAGACGGCCUUUGAACCCCGCGUCACAUCAGACGAGCCGUUUCGUUGAGGAUAUGAAUUGGGAGGACGAUGGCUACGAUCCGGCUCCGAUGUCUACAGCCUACCAUGGUCAUCAAAUUCCACCGGCUGCGGCACCUACACCAUCCCAGGCAAACAACAUCGCGACUGCAGGCAUUCCCCAUCCCAAUGAUGGUAAUUCAAUGCCAUCAGCGUCAACACCAAUGGCGAUGCAAGAUAAUCACACACCCAUCCUGGCGCCCGCACUCUACCACAGCCACUCGUCGAAUCGUGCGCGCGGCCGACGAACAAGCUACACGAGCCUACACUCAGUGGCUGAAGUGACCGAACCCGACGAAGAAUUGAAUGGAGACUCUCCAGUAUUAGGUCGCAAUAACUCACCACCCAAGACAGGUCCUCGGAGGCCCGGCAUGUCCGCUCUGGACACGCUCCCAGUUCCCGCUGUAGCGAGCAUAAAACGGAAACCUGUACCCACGAGUCCCAUCGGCAGUCCAGCAGCCGAAGCAUCACGAGGUCUGCUCCGCCCUUCUCUCGCCUACAACAGUGCCGAUCAUAGUGGAAGCAGUUCCUCUGGUCUCGCCGUCUCCAGCCUAUCCACCAACUCCGGCCAUGGAUACCAAUCCGACGAUUCCGGACCCAUCUCUCCCAUCACCCACCAGCAGCCCUCUUCGAAUCCUUUUGCGGGCGGAUAUGCAUACCUUGAAGACUACGGCCCUGAGUACUCUAACAACGGGUAUACCGACCAGGACGAUGAGCUUUAUGGUGGAAACAGAAGCUUCGAUCGAUACCCAGACCCCAGUUCGUCUCUCAAAAAGAGCAGCAAGACUGAGUGGCCGUUGAGAAAUGUCAUGGGUGGCGGGCAGAAGAGGACGAGAAGUCCCAUGUGGGAUCGCGUUUACGAACGCGUAUGA